CGCGUGUGUUUGCUCUCUGCGGUUAGAGAGCGAGUUGAACACCUGGUUUCACCUGACAGACAACUUCUCACUUCAACCUGUGGAAAAUAAAAAGCAGUCCAGCAGCUGCUUUUACUCCGAAUUUCGGGUUGUUUCGAUGAUGUGAGCGAAUUAAAAACAGGGAAAUCCACAGAUGUAACCUAAAAUGACUUCUCGCGUCUGCUAACAGUCACAUCUUGGCAGUGAAACGAGUAUCAGCUGAAACAAAAGAAGCAUUUAACUGAAAAGGCUCAAGAAUGUCCGGGCCAGGUGGUUUGAUUACAGAUAAAGUGGAAGAGGUGGCACCUCCUGGUCCCACUGCUGAGCCACAAGUCGGUAAGAUUGCAGAGGAGCGAGGCGAGGAGUUAAAGGAAGAAGAGGAGGAAGUGGCCACCUCUGCUCAUCUGGAGCCGAGCACUCUGCCGUGGCCAGAGGACAAAAACAACACGCCUCUGCUGGACCAGGACGACGGCGUCUGGUCCGAUAAAGCAGCUUCAGAGCCCGAAGAGAGAGACACGGGGAUCAGCGGAGGCAGCCAGGAUCUGUCGGAGGAGCAGAGUCAGCCGGAGAGCGACAAAAAAAACAAAACCAAAUGGAGGGAGAGCAUGCCAGAGGGCGAGAGGUGGAGGGACGACGAGAUCGAGGUGCAGCGGGGCGAUAAAGGAGAUGGAUCGCUUGCAGAUGAUGAAGAGGAGGAAGAAGAAGAGGAGGAAGAUGAGUCAAAGUGGGUCUCAGAAAAAGCCUCUCUGGGCAUCACUCCACACGUCACGAUUGUGUGUCCGUCCCGUAACGAGGCUCCGGCGGAGAGCAGACACGUCAUAGAGAAGGAGGAGGAGAUGGAGCCUCAGAUGGAGCCUGAAUCAGCUGUGCAGUAUUACCCCGAGUGGACGGAGCAGGACGACAAGUUCUAUCUGUGUGAACAUCUGUGCAGUGAGAAACUGAGGCUGGUGUUAGCGACGUUAGCUGCAGCGCUGCUCUUCCCUCUCCUGGUGUGGGGAGGUUACGCCCUCCUUCCCUUCGAUUCACCGCUGCUUCAGAGCGCCCCCAUCAGGGUGGUGUACACGCUGCGCUGCUCCUUCUUCGCCAUCAUCCCCAUCCUGCUCGGUGUGGUGGUUCAGGGAGUCGCCCGGCUGCGAUUCAGCGUCCUGAAGCCGCUCUAUGAGAACAAACUGGUGAACAGAGACGUGGCGGUGCACUGGCACUACGUCAACGAGUCGCUCACGCUCUUCCUCUUCUUCUUCCUGCAACUGGCUGUGAUGGCGACGUACAUCGACCAGGACCUCGUCAAACUGGUGCCGCUGCUCACCAUCGUGUUUGUGUUUGGCAGGCUCAUUUACUGGCUCUGCCUCACUCUGGACAGCAGCAUCCGGGGCCUCGGCUUCGGCUUCUCCUUCUUCCCCAUCCUGCUCAUGCUGGGUGUCAACCUCUACUACGUCUGCUCGUCGGUCGGUCAGGGGUCGCUUUUCGACGUCGCGUCGCCAACGACGGAUCCUCCGCUCAAACAGCGCUGGUGGGGCUGAAAAACGAGCCUGAAAGUCGGUGAGGAGCUGAGAGACUAAACUACUGAAACACCUCUAUCACCGCUCACACAGACAGCUCCGUUUGUUCUUUAGACGUCCUUUAAAGUUGUAAUCCUCAAGAGUUGAUUCAGCGACACCUGUGGUUACCAUGGCAAUAGAAAAUGUGGUUUCUUACUCCAGCGAACACUCCUUGACUUUGAGAGCUGCAGCCAGUGAGUCUGUUUACAGAGCAGCAAAACCAGCUCAGGGUUUGAACUUCAGUCAAAAACACAGAAUCUGCAAAUUCUGAACAUUUUGUUUACACAUUUUUGCCAACCGAAGUGACAAAUUUGUUGCGUUUCAUGUGGCUGCAGCAGGAUGUAAGUUUUACAUUCGGAGGAACUAAAUCCAGAAUAUCAGAUCACCGAUUAAAAAACAGGAAAAUUCAGAGUGUGAAUGUAUCUAAUGGUGACCAUCAAAAGUGAGGUCUGAUUUCAUUCAAAUCUUAAGGAUUAUAACUUCUACUAUUCAUUAUGUUCUUCAUUCACAGCUAAAUCAGCUCCAUAAACAGGCUGUGGGUGAAUUUAAAGCUUGAAUCUUAAACUACGUACAAAGAAAUGCAGAAAUAUUCUUCUCAUGCCAGUUUAAGAUAAAAAUGUCUACAAGUUUACGUGCUCUGAUUGUAAAUGAAACGUGUAACGAUGUGUGCUGACGAUCGUCUCUUCUCGCAGCUUGUUUACUAAUUUUGUAUUCACAUUUAUCCUCCAUUAGACGCUUUUUAACGGCCUUUAACUUGUUUCUGUUUUGAGCUGAUGACGUCAGUUUUAAGGCCAAAAGGUUUCCAUUUGAGCUCAUCCAGUGUUUGGAUGUGAUGCAGCAGAUAAAGAGAAAUAUAAAACCUAAACACAGUCAGAUAUAAACACAGAUUGAAAACAAACUGCUCAUAUUUAAGAGUAAUAUUAGAUUUUUUUUAUGAGGCUGAAUUAUGAGCAUCGAGUUUAUGAAUUCUAUGAUUUUUUUUUAUUAUUUUGUAGACGCAGUGUGUCUGUGGUAAUCUUUAAACUUCAUAUUUAUAACUGUUAAAUGCACCUUUUGUUUUACUGAUCAAAGGCUUUUCUGCUUUUCUAUUUUCAGAUAGUCACUCUUCUUUCUGUUGAAGGAUUUUUUUUCAGUAUUUAAAAGUAAAAAUGAUUCAUAUUUGGGACCUUGAAUGAGCUCAAUAAAACUUCACCAUGAACUAGAA